AUGGAUGAAUUUCGAGAAUCUAAAAAAGAAAGAAUUCAAGAGGCAUUAGAUAUGGCUGAGCUUACAACCGGUCGGGGCUUGAAUCAAGAAUUUGGUCUUUCAAGAGCAUGUGAUACUCGUUGGGGAUCUCACUUUAAAUCUUUUAAUAAUUUUAUUCUGAUAUUUGGCUCUAUUCUCGAUGUUCUUGAAUUGCUUGUUCUUGAUGCACAUUCUACAGAUGAAAGAUCCAAGGCAAUGGGAUAUCUCAGGGCUUGUCAAACAUUUGAGUUUGAUGGGCUAUACGUUAGUUCUUUAAGAUCACGUCGUAAACCUGAUGACUGUACAGUCUUACAUCAUUAUCGGGUUGAUGUAUUUUGCAAAAUUAUUGAUUGGCAAAUUCAAGAACUUAAUGAACGUUUUGACGAAGUGACAACUCAUUUGCUUCAUGGAAUUGCUUGUUUGAAUCCAAUUAACUCAUUUUCAAGUUUUGACAUCAGGAAAAUAAUGAGAAUGGCUGAGUUAUAUCCUGAUGACUUUGAUGAAUUUAGUAUGGGUGCUCUUGAGAAUCAACUUGCAAGUUAUAUUAUUGAUGUUCGUGAUGUUGAUGAAAGAUUCUCCGAUCUACAUGGACUUUGUGAUCUUUCAAAAAGAUUAGUUCAGACAAAGAAGCAUUCAAAUUAUCCUCUUGUAUUUCGCUUAGUGAAACUUGCUUUGCUUCUGCCCGUUGCUACCGCAUCCGUUGAAAGAGCUUUUUCGGCGAUGAAGUUUAUCAAGAAUGACUUACGAAGUCGAAUGAAUGAUGAGUUCUUUAGCGGUUGUUUGGUGCCUUAUGUAGAAAAAAAUGUGUUUGAUAGUAUUUCUAAUGAUGCUAUUAUUAAAACAUUUCAAGAUAUGAAACCCCGUCGAGUGCAGUUGUAA